AUGGACAAUCUUCUGGCACCUCUGGGAGCUUCUUCCCAUCUCGAUGAGGCCAACAGAGUGCGUCUUCAAGAUGGACUACGCGAGGCAGCUGAGGCUUUGGAGACACCUUAUGAUAUGAUGAUUCGCUUUUUGAAUGCUGGCAGACAAUUGUCAAUGAUCAAGAUUGGAUAUGACUUGGAUAUCUUCACUACUUUGGCCGACGGAGAGCCAAAAUCUGUCGAGCAGCUUGCGGCACACAAAGGCGCCGAUCCGCUUCUGAUGUCUCGUGUCCUGCGAUUCCUUUCAGCAAACCGUUUGAUUGCCGAGACAAGCAAGGAUGUUUUUGCUGGUAAUCAAUCUACAAAGUCACUGUCUGACCCUCGAAUCCAGGGUGGAUUGCUUCACGCCUUCCACAUCAGUGUUCCGGCCUACCAGGCACUUCCAGAAUAUCUGGAGGAAAACAAAUACCAGAACAUCACUGGCGGACAGUGUGCCUGGCACAAGUCUGCCAACACUGAUUUGGAGUUCUUCCCUUGGGCGAAGCAGAACCCCAAGAUUCUUCGAUACUUCCAGCAGCUCAUGAGUGUGCCUCGAGAGGGCAGCUGGUUGGACGUCAUUCCGUUUGUCGACCCAUCUGUACCUGCAGUCGGAGAUGCAGAUGCCGACCGCACUGUGUUUGUUGACAUUGGUGGCAAUAUUGGGCACCAAUCUGCAAGGCUGCUGGCCAAACACCCGAAUUUGGGAGGAAAAAUCAUCCUACAAGAUCUUGAGGAAACCGUUCAACGUGCGCCCAAGAUCGAGGGAGUUGAAUUCAUGGUGCAUGACUUUUUCAAGGAACAGCCGGUGAAAGGUGCCAAGUACUAUUAUCUCCGCGCAAUUCUCCAUGAUUGGGAGGAUGAUAAGGCGGCCGAUAUUCUGAGAAAUAUCAUCCCCGCCAUGGCAGAAGAUUCACAGAUUCUGAUCGACGACCUGGCCCUUCCAAACACAGGAGUCCACUGGUGGAGUACGUGUAUUGACAUGCAAAUGUACAUUAUGCACGGAGCAAUGGAGCGAACUGUGGAUCAGUGGCAUUCUCUUUUGGACAAGGCAGGCUUGAAGGUUGUUGAGAUCCGAACCUAUAGUCCUGUGAUGAGAAACUCGGUUAUUGUGGCUGUUCCGAAAUAG